CAGUAGCGUAAUUCAGUUAGUCAAAUUUAGGUACACAACAUAGUUCAUUAUGGCCAUUACUAGAGACGUGUUUAAUUUGUUCAGUAAAAUUGCAAUCUUAAUUUUACUAAUUGGUGUAGUGCAAUCAUCGGUUGUAAAUAAAUUUGUAAAUCCAUUAACAAAUCCUUGUUAUGGUGCCGGAAAUCAACGUGUACGAGCUUUAACAUAUGACAGUUUUUUAGCUGAUUGCAACCAGUAUGUUCAGUGUGAAAAUGAUCAAAUGGAUCAACCGUUAGAAUGUCCUAGUGGAACAUAUUUUGAUGCCGACUCCGGCGAAUGUGUGCAUAACAGAGACGUUUGCUUCCGGUGUCCCAAUAAAGAAUACGCAUUGGUCUCUGUACCAAAUGUACACCAACAAUUCAUUCUAUGCUUCAAGGGAAAACCAUUGCUGUCGGCAUGUGAAGGUGAUUUAUAUUUUGAUGGUAGUCCUGGAGUUCAUCAAUGUAAUUUUAAGUGGGGAGCCGAAUUUGAAGGAGAUUUCGAAAACCAGCUUUGUCCCCCUGUUGGUAAUGAACCAAAAUAUGUGGCUUCCGAAGGAGUUUACUACGUAUGCUAUGGGCAACAGCGUCCAUUGAGACUUGAGUGCCCAAAUGGUCUAAUGUUCAGCGAGGACAAAGGAAUUUGUGAAAAUCCGAAUAGCAAUCUUGAGAUGGUAGAAAACGACCCGGCUGAAGAAUGAAUUCUAGUAAAACAUGAGCUAAUGAGGCUCCAUAAUCUAAUGACGUCCUUUAAAUAGAAAAAAAACAUCGUGAAGAAUUUUUAAAAUUAGAAAAUGACAUGCAUUCAAAGAACAACUGGGCAACAAUAUUUUAAUAUUUAAAUUUAAUUUAAAUUAAAGUUUUGAUAUUUUUUGUAUAUUUUAAUGUGGCGACGGUAAAAAAUAUGCGAAGAACAAUCAAAUUAUAUCAAUGGUAUGAUUCAUAACUUAUCAAUUCAUUUGCUCUCCAUUUUUCAGCUGCUCAAUUUUUGAACAAUGAAUCAUCACUUUAGAAUAAAAUAAAGAGUUAAAGCGUCGAAAAAAACUCUAGUGCACAAUGAAAUUUGAACCAAUCUAGUCAUAAAACAGAUCUUUUACGGAAGUACUAUGGCAGCUGCUAAACGCGUUGUGUCACAUUUUUUCGGCAAAUUUGCAAUUUCAAUCUUACUCAUUGGUGUUGUGAAACCAUCGGUAUUAAAUAAAUUUGUGAAUCCAUUGACUGAGCCAUGUUAUGGUGCGGGAAAUCAACGUGUAAGGGCCAUAACGACUAACAGUUUUUUAGCUGAUUGUAGGCAAUAUGUUCAGUGUAUUAAUGAUAUAUCGGAUCAAACUUUUACAUGCCCUCCUGAAAGGCCAUAUUUUGAUGCCAACUACGGCAAAUGUGUUCAUAACAAAAACGUUUGCUUCCGAUGUCCUCAUGAAGAAUAUUCAUUGAUUUCUGUGCCGUAUGUACAUCAACAAUUCAUUUUAUGCUUCAAGGGAAAACCAUUGCUAUCUGCAUGUGAAGGUAAGUUAUUGUUUGAUGGGAGUGCUGGAAUACACCAAUGUAAUUAUGAGUGGGCUCCCGAAUAUGAAGAAGAUUUUGAAAAUAAGCUUUGUCCCCAUGUUGAUGAUGAACCGAUAUACGAGGCUACCGACGACUCAACAGUUUACUAUGUUUGUUAUGGUCAGCAACGGCCCGUCCGCAUGAAAUGUCCAGAAAGAUUAAUAUUCAACAAGUAUAAAGGCAUUUGUGAAAAAGUUGAAAAUGUUAAAUGAAUUGAAGGCUUUUGCCAUGACUGUAGUCAAUCAUUAAAUCAAUAAAAGUU